UUGGGGGGUUUCCUCCAGAAGGGGUGUGGUCUGUGGGGGUGUAGCCCACCCUGGGGCGUCCAAUCCCAGCAGCACCGCCGGUUCUUCUGGAGGAAGUGGAAGAGCUUUCACAGUAUAGUCAGACCGGGUGUGGUCAGACCAGCCUACUCAGUGCCCAAGGUACAGUAUGUACUCAAAAUCCCACAAUUAUUCACAUACCUCGCUCUGCCAGACACUGCCCACCCACACAGUGCCCAAGUUACAACGCAUCACUUACCUCAUACAUUGUGGUACAAUAAAAUUAAUGUCCUCUUUGCCCCCCCCCCCUUCUGUCACACUCUUCCCCCUCCUUCUCUCUUUCUCCCUCUAUCUCUCUUUGUCUCUCCCUCUCUCUUUCUCUUCCUCUCUCUCUCUUUGUCUCUCUCUCUCUCUCGCUGUCUGUAGCACAUCCUGAGGCCUGACUAUGUGAACAGUGGUCAGGUUCCUGACUGGCCCGACUACAUAGAGAUCAAAGACCAGGAGCAAAUCCAGGGCCUGACGAGAGCCUGCCAGCUAGCCAGACAGAUACUGCUGCUGGCCGGACGCAGUCUUAAGGUGUGUGUGUGCCCGUGUUAUAGUGAGAGAGUGAGAGAGUGAGUCUGUCUGUUUUCUGACAUUCCAAGUUAAUAACAUCAUUGUAUUCACCUCUGACCCCAGGUUGGUAUGACGACAGAUGAGAUAGAUUUCAUCGUCCAUCAGGAGACGAUUCGUCACAACGCAUACCCUUCCCCCCUGAGAUACGGGGGUUUCCCCAAAUCAGUCUGCACCUCGGUCAAUAACGUGGUCUGCCAUGGCAUACCUGACACCCGGCAACUGCAAGAUGGAGACAUUAUCAACGUUGAUGUGACUGUGAGUUUUAUCCCCCUUCAUGCAGACACACACACAUGCACGAUCCACCGUUCCACAUUCCUGACCCCCCUCCCCCGUUCAUCAGGUCUAUCUGGAGGGUUACCAUGGUGACACCUCCGAGACGUUCCUGAUUGGCUGUGUGGACGAGGUUGGGCAAAAGCUAGUGGAGACAGCCAGGAAGUGUAGAGAUGAGGCCAUCACUGCCUGUAAACCUGGGGCUCCACUGUGUGUUAUAGGAAACACUAUCAGGUACACACACACACACACACACACACACACACGAUACCUCUGUUGUUUUGUAUAAUCUAAUGUCCCUCUCUUCCUCCUACAGUGAUAUAGCCCACUCCAAUGGUUUCCAUGUAUCUCCCUACUUUAUUGGACAUGGCAUAGGCUCCUACUUCCACGGCCACCCAGAGAUCUUGCACCAUGGUAAGUACCACACAGCAACAGUUGUCUGUGGUCCAUACAGUAUAUUGGACAAAUCCUAAAUAUCGCUUUCUCAUUUAUCUGACAGCUAAUGACAAUGAUAUGACCAUGGAUGAAGGGAUGUCUUUCACUAUAGGUCAGUCACAUUUCCUAUGUAUAUCAGUGUGUAUUAAUGUCAACCUAAGUGUGUGUAGCUAGCUGUGUGUGUUAACGUUGCAUCUGUGUAUGCAGAGCCCAUAUUGAUGGAGGGAUCAUCAGAGUUCAGAAUCCUGAAGGACAAGUGGACAGCAGUGUCUGCGGACGACAAGAGGUAGGCCACUUACAGCCUACAUAGGGCUGAGCGUUACGCCCUAAAAGGCUGGAGAGUUACAGCCUACAAAGUGCCACUGAUAUCCUUGUACAACCUCUGUGUGUGUGUGUGUGUGUGUGUGUGUGUGUGUGUGUGUGUGUGUGUGUGCGUGUGCCUGUCUUUAGGUCGGCCCAGUUUGAACACACAGUAGUCAUCACCUCUGGUGGAGUGGAUAUUCUCACCAAACUACCUGAGGAGGACGAGCCGAUGCCAAUAGAAGUGUAAUUACUGUUCUCAGUUCAACAACCCUGUCACAUCCACAUCUAUGAAGAGGUAAAGCACCAAACUGACCCAGGACCAGGGCUUAGUGCCACAGAGAGAAUAGGAAACUGGGCAUAGAUAUGAUUCAAAUGAGACUGCACUACUGCAUUCUUUUGUAUGUCUGCUGUGUAGAAAAAUAAGUUAUAUUAUUUAAAUAAAAUGUUUGUUCACUUUCAAUUAGUAAACCAGAUCUGUCUAUCCUAAUUUUUUUGUCUGACAAAAUAUUUGGAAACAAUAUGUGGUCAAUAUUGCUAUAACACAUUUGGACUAGGACUUUUCGAUUCAGGAAAUCAAAUUGAUUCCAAUCAGAGGAGAACAUUAUUUUCUAUGACUGACGUCAUCAUAAGAUGAUCUUGUGUUAAAUUCAUUAGGACUGCAAGGUUUGUAGAGUAUUGUAAAUCUACUGGGCUGAUUGUCAUGACAUGAUGUUAUUGAUGCUGUGUUUGGCUUCAUGAUGUUUUCUGCUCUACUAAUAAUCUCUAAUGACGUCAACCUCCAGCUCUACAUUGUUAGCAACUUAUUUUGUACUUCCUCUUGUCCAAUUAGAAACCACAUCCUAUGUAAACUCAGCAAAAAAAGAAACGU